CUUAUUCCACAUUUCAAUCACUGCGCUCUCAUCGAAGCCGUGUCGUUCAGUUGCUCUUGUAUCAAUCCGUCGUAACAUCAGUUAUUCGGGUUUUCUUGCUCACGUUCUACAAACUCGUCUUCAAUACAGACAAACAGUCUCUACGGGAUACUCUUCCAAGCUAAUCUCUGACCCCUCUCUAUGUAGACUCUGUGUUCUUCAAACAUCGGGUUUACAUACCCUUUUGCAAGGCUAAUCAGGCUGUGAUAACUCUAUUCGGCAGCAAUGGACUGGUCCAAGACUGUCUUUCGUCUGCGCGCAUUGCCAGACACCGUGGAAACCAAAGAAGAUGCCGCUCGUCUGCUUAGUAAACGGCUCAGCGAUAUCUCUACGCACCAAAUCUGGGUGUAUUCCCUCGCGCUGACUCUGGAGUAUUGGGAGGAUCCUCCCACUAAAGUGGCAACUGUUAUGUUCGAUGUUCCCCCUUCGCUUGUCCAACGCAAUCCAGAAAGCCGGGCGUGGCAUAUUCCCGCCAGGGGCCAUGAUCGUAAUAGCCCAGAUCUCAUAUUAGAUACCCACUUUAUAGGUCUGACACCCUUGAAUGAUACAAAUCACUUGCAAAACUCGUACGAGUAAGGACUGCCAUGUCUUUUCAACAUGAUCGGCGUUUGACCAUUGGUUAGUUGCAUCGCUAUCUCAGGUCUAGCAAGCCACCCUUUCGGAUCCUGGCAGCGCAAGGGAAGUAACAAACGCUUCAUGUGGAUUCGUGAUAAUCUACCCAAGUCUGUGCGAGGAAUCCGAGCCAUACUUUACGGGUAUGACACUGAGCUUGACGGCAGCAGCUCAUUCCAGACCAUCAACGAU